CCUCUUGCACGGGAUGCGGAAACGCUGGCACCCAAUUUACACGCCGGUAUUCGCCGCAUUUUGUCUCCCCGCUGGCCCCCCUCCAAAAGUAUUUCGGCCACGUUGCGCUUCGCAACAACCCGCGGGCAAGAUUCGCAAACCGGGGGAGACUUCGAUUUGUCGAAAGUCGCCGACAGAUGGCCAACACGCGCUGCAUGUACACGCGAGUACGAGCGCAGGAGGACGACGACGAGGAGGAGGCGAUGGUGGACAUUUUGGAGGAGAGGAAGCGUGGCAGCGACAUAGGCCACGCCCUCAGGAGCUUCAGGCCCCGCCCCUACAGAGGGGCGACGCCCUGCUCCGCCAGCCAACUCAAGGCGGCCGUGCUGGCCUCCCAAGAUGUCCACCGCGUCAUUGUGGAGGUUGCCAUGGAGACCCAAUCAUCACCGGAGGAAGUGAGGGAGCGAGCGGUUGCCAUUUUGGACGAGAUGUCCCAAAACCUGCAUCUGGGAUUUGUCCGCCUGAUGGGCUUCAUGCUCAGCAAAGUGCUCAAGCGCAUCUACUGCAGCAUCUACGUCAACAUGGACGCCCUCCAAGCGCUUCGGGAGGUUGCGGAGAACGCUCCCGUCGUCCUGCUGCCCAACCACAGGAGCUACACGGACUUCCUGGUGCUCUCCUACAUCAUGUUCACCUACGACCUCCCGCUACCCGUCAUCGCCUCUGGAUUGGCCUUGGCCGGGAUGAAGUUCAUGGGCGAGAUGCUGCGUCGCUGCGGCGCUUUCUACAUCCGACGCGACAUCGCCUCCAACAGGCUGUACUGUGGAGUGCUGUCGGAAUACGUCAAAAGCCUCAUCAGGACGGGAUUCGCUCCGGUGGAAUUUUACAUCGAAGGCUACCGGAGUCGCUCGCUAAAGUCCUUGACGCCCAAGUUAGGUAUGCUUCACAUGGUGCUGGAUCCAUACUUCAAAGGCGAGGUGCCCGACAUCACCUUGGUUCCCAUUAGCCUCAGCUACGAUCGGGUUCUGGAAGAGUACCUGCUGGCCCGCGAGCUCCUGGGCAUCCCCAAGCCCAAGGAGAGCACCGUGGGCCUGCUGAAGGCGGCCAGGGUUCUACAGGAGGACUACGGCUGCAUGUACGUCAACUUCGGUCGGCCCAUGUCGGCCAGACAACUUUUUCAAGUGAACGUAGAGCCGCUCAUAUCCAUAGAAGUUCCGUCAGAGCCGAAGCGGGCCGACGUGAGCCGGGUGGCUUACCUGACGGUUCGGCUCCAAGAGCGGGGGUCCUUCACCAGCCUGUGGUCCCUCAUGGCCUGCCUGCUGCUCCAGUGUCCGCCCUCGCUGCUGGCACAAACGGGCCUGCCUUGGCGGAGGCUCGCCGAGAAGACGCUUUGGAUCAAGAGGCUGGCGCUCGACUUUGGGGCACGGCUGAACUGGCCCGGACACAUCCCCGACUUGGAGGUGAUGUCGGCGACCGUGGCCCUCCAUUACCCCUCGGUUCGCCUCGAGGCGGGGCGCGUCUUCCUGGUCGUGAAGGAAGAGGCAGAGGUGGCAGGCCGGCAGCGAAUCAGCGCAGAGGAUGAUGUGGUCAGGAUGGCCGAGCCCAUGUUGAUGAUGGCGUCGUACCGCAACCAGUCCGUGCACCUUUUUGUCCGGCCGGCACUCCUCGCCGUGGCCUUGAACCUCUCGCAGAGCAGCCGUAAAGAUGAGGUCUUUGCAUCUUUUUGCUUCCUUCAGAACGUCUUCAGGAAUGAAUUCAUCUUCAUUCCUGGUGAAACUGCUGAGGACUUUGAGGAGGCGUGCUCCCUCCUGAGGAAGUGCGGCGCCCUCGAUGCCACGGGCCCGCAGGAAGUGACGCUCUCCGAGGGAGGCGUGGAGGUGUUGUCCUUCCUACGGGCACUUCUGAAACCUUUCAUUGACUCCUACCUGGUCAUGUUGAGGUUCCUCAGUGACCAGGACACUCGCGUGAUCACGGAGAAAGACUUCCUACCCGCCGUGAGGAGUCUGGCGACCAAGCUCAUCAUUUCAGGUGAUCUCCACAUCUACGAGACCCUCUCAUCCGACGUCCAGAAGAACGUCCUGUCGGCCCUGAGGAGGCUGGCGGCGGUGACAAAGCCGAAGGCGUCAGAGGAGUAUCAUGUGGAUCAAGACGCCGUGAGAAGAAUUGAACGCACUCUCUCUGGACAAAUCCGCCCCCAGUUGCUCCAGACUGAACCUGACGCAAGACUUUAGUCUUCCUUGGUACGGGUCCAGCCCCAGCACCAGACCACGUUCACGCGCUCACCUUCACUUGACCUCUUCCUCCUUCAAUUUGUUUUUCAUCCUACCCUUUUUUCAACAUAGGAAGAAAUCUGAAGACAUCAGUUCUCAUCAUUGUAAUCAAGGCAGUAUUAAUUACAUUUGUACUGUACCUUUGCUGUACUUUGUAUGCAGGAGUGUUAAGGCAACACUGAAGAUGAAUCAUAAAAAAUUAUGGAAUUGCAGCUGAAUAAAGUUGUAAUCCUACAACUGUGAAUAUCAUGCUAACGUCACUAGAAUAAAGGCUCUAAAGAUGUUUUG